AGUUAUGGCGCACGAAUUCAAUAUUUGGACCCAAAACAUCUAAAACGACAGCACUGUCGAUUGCGCGACCAUCACUCUUCCUCGGCCGCGAAAUUCUUGUGAUCUCCUUCUCCGGCGAACUUCUUGCGAUCUCCUUCUCCGGCGAACUUCUUGCGAUCUUCUUCUCCGGCAAAUAUAGUUUUGAUCCACCAGGUGCUCUCAUUAAAAGUUUCUGCAUAUCUAAAUGGACGCAAGUUCAACUGAAGCUUCUGUUACGAAGAGUGCAGAAUUGUUAUUAAACAGGAAAAGAAAAAGGGCGAGGAAGAAGGCUAACAGAAAAGAAAGACAGCAAAGGUUGGAUCAAAUGCUGCAAAAUCUGGAGGCUCCUAGAAAUGAAGAAAGUUCCAUUGAAGACAUGACUAGUCUAGAGAAUUCUAGCACACAAUUGCUUCCUCUAGGACAUCUAGAAAUACAAACGGAAUCGGCCACAACUCUUUUGGAAAAGAGUGCUGGUAAGAAAAAGAGACGGAAGAAGAGAAGUGUGAUGAAGGCGAUGAACCAAAAGGGUGAGCCAUGUAGCAUGGUUCAGACCGAUGUUCCCUCAAAUCCAAGCCUGUCGGAUAGUAAGCAUGGAGAAGUAGAAAAUGGCCUACUCAAUCCAAACAUUUCAACUCAUGACUUUGUAUCUUCCGAGAGGAAAGUAACUGAGGCAUUGGAUAGGGGACUUGACUCUCUGACGGGAGUCCAGAAAAAGGAAGCGAACACAGUUGCUCAAGAAAAGAAUCAUGAUUCUUGUGCUGAGCGAGCUAAAAAAGAUAAUGCUAAGGUUGCAAAUGAUGCAAUUGAAGAAGUUUCAUUAUUUGAAGCUGGAAGAAUUUCGGUGGAAAGCUGUAGUGAAAGGACUCAACUCACAGACAAAUCAGAGUUAAUCAUGCAUUUUCAUUCAGCUCCCAUUAGGCCAGGUGAUUUCCGCAUGAUUGGAGGUCCUCGUAUGAGGAGAAAACUUCUCAUCCUCGAUGUUAAUGGGCUACUUGCAGAUGUAGUCAAUCCACCGCCAAAGAAUUGUAAUCCUGAUGCAUGUUUCUCAAGACGGGCAAUAUUCAAGAGACCCUACUGUGAUGAAUUUCUGAAAUUUUGCUUUGAAAGAUUUGACGUGGGCAUCUGGUCUUCUAGAUCCAAGAAGAUCAUUGUGAAAGUGGUGGAUUAUUUGUUGGGAAACAUGAAGCAUAAGUUGUUAUUUUGUUGGGAUAUGUCACAUAGCACUCAGACAAUGUUCAAGACACUUGAUAACAAGCAUAAGCCCUUGGUUUGCAAGGAGCUGAGCAAGGUGUGGGACAGAUAUGAUCCGAAUCUACCCUGGGAAAGAGGGGAUUAUGAUGAAUCAAAUACUUUACUAUUGGAUGAUUCUCCGUACAAGGCCUUGCUAAAUCCUGCGCACACUGCGAUAUUUCCUCAUUCUUACAACUUCAAGGCCGAGAAUGAUGAUUCACUAGGCCCUGGAGGUGAUUUGCGAAUUUAUUUGGAAGGGUUAUUAAAAGCCGAACAUGUACAGAAGUACGUAGAGCAACAUCCAUUUGGUCAGCGGGCAAUCGAUGAUACAAGCUCAGAUUGGAAUUUUUACUCUGAUGUUCUUUGCAGUCUGCUUGGUCAAUCAAGCUAAAAUUCUUGAUAUGCUCUUGUAUAAUUUGCAUGCGAGAGAGACAUACUGUGAUGCCAGACACCAUAAGAACAGAGGCUUGCUUUCGGACUUUUGACAAUUUAAAAACAGAUAACUGGUCCGAGCUGUGUAGCAAUCACAAUAAUGUGGAAUGUGGUGGAGUUUCUUUGAACUCAUCGACGGCCUUCCUUUAGGAGUUGAUUGAUUAUUUGCCUGCUAUUUUUUAACAGUAUCGUGUUAACUUUCUUCAUUUUCUUCCUCUCCCUCCUUUUUGGGGAACGUUUAGUUGCUCAGGCUUCUUUCUCCUGUUGAUUAUGUAAUAUAUCUGCUUACUUUCAUGAUCCCUCUGUCUGCUUUCAGGGUAAUGAUGCUUUUGUAGCUUAGGCUUUCCUUUAGCAGCUUGGUUGGAUAGUUGUUACCCUGUAUUAUAUUGUAUUGGUACUCUAAAUUCAAUAGUUUGGGUUGUUACUUAAAUAUUAUUUAUCUUA